CUCGACCCUGGCUGGAGUCGCUCUCCCGCCCACCACACCCCAGCAAACUCUCGACUGCCUUCUGCUGCCAUAACUCCGUGCCACCGGUUCAUGCGCAUGCGACCCUGCCCCCCCCCCCCCAGCCCGGCUUCCAAACUCUAGACAAGCCUCGAGGCUCGAGCCCACACCACCAGCAAUAUCUCGGGUUUUUAUGUACAUAGCCUGCGGCUUUACUCGAGCCUGCGCCAAUCCGUCGCCACACCCAUGAUACACUCUUGCUCGAGCCGUUGGAUCCCCCCGUCGGCAGCCACUGACGGCCCCUGAGCCGCCAUGUACAUACCCACCCUGCCUGCCUCCAUCCCCGCGAGAGCCCUCACCCAGUACCUGCCUGCCUACACCGCCACCGACUACCUGCGCCACGACAACAGCACUGGUGGGGACCCAGCCGGAGGAGGCGGCGGCGGCGGCGGCGGCGGCGGCGGCGGGCCCAAGAAAGGCCUGGAGGAGUGGUCGAGCCUGAUCGGCAUAGUCACCGCCAUCGUGGGCAACGUCCUCAUCGCCCUGGCCCUCAAUGUCCAGAGAUACGCCCAUAUACAGUUACAUAGGGAAAAGGUGCGGAACCGGGAGCGCGCCAAACAAGCACUCAAGAAUGCGAAGAACGGCAACGGAGCGCCGCACACGGGCUAUGGGUCCGUAGGCGAGUCGCGAGCAGGAGCCAACGCGCCAGGCGCCGGCGCCGGCGGCGAUGACGAUGGCGACGCCGAAGACGCGCAGGAGUCGGACCCUCUGACCCAGUCCUACCAGUCUGGCGACUCACGCUGGUCCGAGAACUCAGACGACUCCACGACAAAAUCCACCUCCACAAACUACCUCAAGUCGCCCUACUGGUGGCUCGGCCAGAUCCUCAUCACCGUCGGCGAGAUGGGCAACUUCCUGGCCUACGGCUUCGCCCCGGCCUCCAUCGUGUCUCCCCUGGGCGUUGUCGCCCUCGUCUCCAACUGCAUCCUCGCCCCCAUAGUCUUCAAGGAGAAGUUCCGCAAGCGCGACUUUUGGGGCGUCGUCAUUGCCGUCUUUGGCGCCGUGACUGUCGUCCUGAGCGCCAACACCCAGGAGACCAAGCUGGAUCCCCAUGCUGUUUGGGAUGCCAUUACUACUGUGGCAUUUGAGAUUUACAUGGGCGUGACGUGCAGCUUGAUUCUCCUCCUCAUGUGGCUGAGUCCCAGAUAUGGCAACCGCACUAUUCUCAUCGACCUCGGUCUCGUGGGUUUGUUCGGUGGCUACACUGUGCUCUCAACCAAGGGCGUGUCGUCCAUGUUGUCUUCAACACUAUUGCGAGCCUUCACAACACCAGUGACAUACGUGCUCGUCCUGAUCUUGCUCGGCACUGCCAUCAUGCAAGUGCGCUAUGUGAACAAGGCCCUUCAGAGAUUCGACUCGACGCAGGUCAUCCCAAUCCAGUUCGUCUCGUUCACAUUGUGCGUGAUUAUAGGAAGCGCCGUCCUGUACAGAGACUUUGAGCGGACGACAUCCGAGCAGGCCGUCAAGUUCACAGGUGGCUGUUUUCUGACCUUCUUCGGCGUGUUCCUCAUUACGAGCGGUAGGGAUGCGGUAGAUGACGACGAGGAUAUGCUGUCCGACGAUGACGAGGUCGAAGAGACCAUUGGGCUCGCAGAGCAGGACCCCGAUGAGCCCCCGUCCCCCGCGCAGCCCCGGCGUCGGGACAGCGACGCAAAGAGGUCACGGCGGUCCUCCCGCGUGAGCUUCAUGGACGCCGUCAACAAGCCACUGGCAGUCCUCCAAGAAUCGGGCGUUCCGACGUCGAGGGCACCCGCGACACCGACAAAGGCGUCCCUCCUACCAUCAGAUGGCGCCACCGAGUCAGCGCCGCUGUUGCAGACGCGCUCGCAGGAACGACAUCAUUCCACGCCCGCCCCAGUCCACCCGGGGAUAGCACACGCCAUGUCGUCAGAAUCAGCCAUCUCGAUAUCCAGCGCCACACCGAUAAGCUCCGAACCGCCCACCCACCCCGGCACACCGUUGGGGCAGGUCUCAGCCCUCCCCGCCAUCAACAUCCCCCACGACGGCAGCCCCGUAACACCGAGGCCACAAUCAGCCUCAAGAUCCCACACGCACCACCACUUCACAGGCCCGCUCUUCUCACCAUCCCCCUUCCACUCGACCGUCAGCGGCCUCGUGCCGUCAAACCUGGUCAAGGACGCCCACCCCGUGCGGAGACCGAGCUCGCGGCGGAGGCCUAGCCUGCGCUCGAGCCUGUUCGUCUCGCAGGACGAGCUGAGCGUGGAGCCGAUCGGCGAGGAGGAGGAGAGGGUCAUCAUGUCCGCGAUCGAGAGGAGCCGCACGGCGGACGAGUCGCAGAUCCCCGGGGCGGACGGGCAGCAGCAGCAAGGAGGGGGAGGGGCAGGAGGCAAGAAGGGCGUCAGGGCGCGCGCCAAGAGCCUGACGAACUCGGUUGGGGACCUGUUUGGCGUGAGGAGGAGCAAGCGCACCGACCAGGGGGCGCCACGCGAGGGCGGCGGGCAGGGGAGCCAGCUUGGUGGGGACUUUAGCACGGAGACGUUGUGAAGACGCUUAGAGAAAAGUACCAGUUGAACUGUUUUUGUCUUGAGGGGACAUGGGGAGGGGACAUGGGGAGGGGUUGUGUGUUUUGGUUAUUUCAGGAGUCGGAGAGGGUUCAUGGGUGGCACCGCAUUGGAUCGGCGUUUGGGGGGUGAAGAGGAUAAUAUGCUGUUAUUCCAACAAGGGAGCGUUUGACAUUCGUUUAAUUGUGCCUCAUACUUGACCGGUAGAUAUGUCCGGGCUUUGAAUACCCCCAGCUCCAGGCUCUCUCUGUACACGUGUAGAGAUGGUGAAAUGGAAGUAUGUCCUAAUCUACUACGGACGAGCAUUUUUACAUGUCGAACAAUCAUGAAAAGACUCCUGCGGUACAGGAGCAUGAGAAUGUCAACGAAGCUUCAUCGUUUUGACA